GCUCUGUGAGCAUUGAAGUAAACUCUCCAUUAUACGUGUUGCUGUCCAUUGGGAACGAGCAUUUGUUUCUUUUCACAUGUCCAUCCAUGGCACAGUUAGGAUGUUACCUCCUUCUCCUCUCCGUCGGGCUGUUUCAGCUGCAGAAAUGUGUGGAUUGUGAACAGCACCAGAAUAUUGACUCUACAAUUAAACGUCAGGAUGUAGUCAGACUGAGAUGUGCAUAUCCUCAGACGAGCAAGAUGAUUCAGCUGUCCUGGGAGAAGAUUAUAAAUGGUGUGAAGCACAACAUUGCUGUAUAUAACCCUCAAUUUGGAGAGAACAUACUUCCUCCAUAUAACCAAAGUGUUAAAUUUUUGUCAUCGUUCAUCAAUGGAGAUAUUAUGUUGAAAGCUUCAGCUGCAGAUGAGGGCAUUUAUCAAUGUUCCAUUAACACUUUUCCUGGUGGCAAAUUGCUGAAAAAAAUUGAAAUAAUUAACCCAGCACAUUUUUCAAGAGGUCGGGCAGCAGAUACUCAGGUGGAAUUGGUUCCGGGGAACAAUGUGACGUUACUCUGCGGAAAUCCAAAUGGGAGUGAUGUUCAAGAAGUGACAUGGAAGCAAGUGACUGAAGAAGAAAUAAACAUGAUCGUUAACAUCACACCUUCAUCAUUAUUCAUCGGCUAUGACUACAAAGAAAGAAUCAAAUAUAGCUUCCUACCAUUUACAGACAUUAGCCUGACGAUACAGAAUGUGACAAUAAAUAAUAUGGGAAGAUAUCACUGUCAAGUUAACACAAGUGAUAGAAAUUGGACCAAAGUCUUUGAUGUUGGUGUCCAAAGAGAUUUUAAAAUGUUUCUGAUUAUUGGUGUGAUUGCGUUUGUGGCCCUUUUAUGCAUGAUCAGUAUUGUUGCCUAUGUGUGGAGGAGAAAUAAAUUGAAAAGGGCCAAAAGACAAAUAAAAAGCAUGAGCACCGAAAGAAAUCAGAUUGGGGAAGCUAAAGGCACUUGA